UUUCGCCCUUGAUCUUCUUCACCUCCUCUGAGGUCAGGUCUCCACUUUUUAGGACCACAACUUGAGGAAGCUCGUCCUCUCGAUCACUCCCGCUAUCAUCAUCCAGUGUUGGCAUCACCUGACGCUGACAACGGAAUACGAUACACAGAGAGCAUGAUUUCGGGGUCUUUUUACGCGUUAUUGGCGGGGUUUUUGGGUGCUGCUGCCUCUCUGUCUGCCAAGCUGUCACUCGGCGCGGACUACCUGAGGAUCAUGUGUGAGUCCGGACUCGGCGGCGGAACUUCAGUCUGUGACUGGCUCCACAUCCCCCUGCGGCUGCUGUGUGGAGGCCUGCUCUUCACCUGUAACGCCGUCAUGUGGACCUUCUUCUCCAAGGCUCUCCGGCACUGCUCCUCCUCAGCCAGGGCCACCGUCACCACCACUGCAUCCAACUUCAUCUCCUCGGCCGUCCUGGGGAGGGUGAUCUUUGGGGAGACCCACGCAGCUCUGUGGUGGGUGGGCAUCUCUCUAACUCUGUGUGGCCUGCUCGUGCUUCAUGGAUCCUCACCUCAGACUCUCCCACAGGAGGAAGGCAAAAAGGCCAAGUAAUGUAGCUCUGUAGCUCAUCAUAAGCUCACAGCCACUGCUGUUCAACCGUCGUCACAACAAGACUCCCACGGAGGAAUUUGGACUUCUACCAAAGUGGAAAGUGAAAACUCUUUUUUUUUUUUUUCAAGUGCAAUUGAACCAGCAGACUGUGUUGCACAAACGUGAUGGCACAUUCAGUACCAUUUAGAGUCACCUCUGAACGUGCAUUGACUUUUUAUUUUUUUACCAGUUGUUUUUGCUGUCAUUUUU